AUGACAAGAUACGCUCUGCUUCUCCUGUUCGCAGGCCUAGUUGCGUCAUCUCCAUUGAAAAACAUAACUUUCACAGUUCCCGAUGGCACGUCAACCCACGGCGAGCCAAACCUUCUCUGUACGCCAACACAAUGGACAGAUAUCAUCUUCUUCUUCCUUGGCAAUUAUGUAGCCCAUGCUGCAACGGCUAUUACGUUGCCUGGAGAAAGAUGGCAAGUGGCGGUUGCAACUGCGGCCGGGGCGCUCUUCUUUCCAACGAGCGGCGUGUUUCGAGGUAUUGCAAGGAUUACGAGUUUUGCGGUGUUUGGAAAGAAUGAUAUAUAUACUGCUGCGAGGGCGGGAGCUCUUUGUAUGGUGGUGAGAUCCCGUGACUGGAGGCCGAACGCUGGUGAUGAAGCACAGUACGCCCUUUGCAGGAUUCCGUCGGCUACGAAACCUUACAAAAGUACCUAUCAGUUUUAG